AUGCCUGCAACUCCUGAUGAUAAGGCUGAUCCCCUGGCCGUGGCCAUGGACGUCAAGAAGAGUUCCAAGCUGGGCUUGGUAUCCGGCGUCUAUAUCCCGGUGUGCUUGAAUAUCAUGAGCAUUCUCAUGUUUUUGCGUUUCGGCCUCAUUUUGGGACAAGUCGGCUUUAUGGGCAUUUUGGGGCUGUUGGUUACCGCGUACUGCGUCGAUCUCUUGACAACCCUGUCCCUGUCGGCCAUUGCAUCCAAUGGUGAAGUCAAGGGCGGCGGAGCAUACUAUCUGAUAUCGAGAUCGCUUGGUCCCGAAUUCGGAGGGUCUAUUGGGAUUUUAUUCUUCCUGGCGCAAGCUCUCAACACUGCCAUGAAUAUUGUUGGUCUAAUUGAUUGCAUUCGACUCAAUAUUGGACCCGGCUUCCCCGAAGGGUACUGGACGGGAUAUGGUCUGCAGACAGCAGCAUUGGUAAUAUGCACCUGCAUGUGCCUCUUGGGAUCGGCUACCUUUUCGAAAGCGUCCAAUUUGUUACUGGCCAUAUUGACCGUGGCAGUAGUAAGUAUUCCUCUGUCUGCCAUCUUCAAGGCACCAUUUAGAGAUGAAGUCGCCGGCAUCGAUUACACUGGUCUCAGCCUCGAGACUCUUGCCAGUAACUUUCUCCCGAGUUUCGAUAAGAAUGUCUACCGGGGCCUGCCAACAUUUCGAGACUUGUUUGGCAUCUUGUUUCCUGCCACAUCGGGCAUAUUUGCGGGAGCAUCCAUGUCUGGAGAUUUGAGAAAUCCCAGCAAAGCCAUACCCAAAGGCACACUCUGGGCUAUGCUGACAACCUUUAUUGUCUAUUUUGUUGUGAUUCUAUCCAUGGCAUGCACCAUUUCGCGCGAUUCAUUGCUGGAGAAUGACAACAUUGUGCCCCUUACAAACCUUUAUGCACCCAUCAUCCUUGCCGGAGAAUGUGCCGUGACCUUUUUCUCAGCUCUCAUGGGCAUCAUUGGCUCUGCCAAGCUCUUCCAGGCGCUGGCCCGAGACAAGUUGCUUCCAGGGUUGUCCAUCUUUGGCAGAGGGACCAAGAAGGCCGACGAACCAAUCUUGGCUGUGCUUCUCACUUAUGCUAUUGCACAAGUUGCACUUCUCGCGGACUUGAACCAGAUUGCGACCUUUAUAUCUAUGGGUUAUCAGAUGACCUUUUUCGUCAUGAAUCUUGCUUGCUUUCUUCUCAAGAUUGGCUCCGCCCCCAACUUUCGUCCCAGCUUCAAGUUUUUCAACUGGCAAACGGCAUGCAUCGGCAGUCUGUUGUCUGCUGCUGCCAUGUUCUUCAUUGACGAGACGUACGCAGCGAUCGCAAUUUGCGUGCUUGUUUUCGUAUUUUUGCUGAUACACUACCUCUGCCCACCCAAACGUUGGGGCGAUGUUUCACAAAACCUCAUCUACCAUCAAGUACGAAAGUACUUGCUGCGGUUGAAACCUGAACACAUAAAGUUUUGGCGGCCACAUAUUAUUCUUCUCAUUAAUAAUCCUCGCCGCCAGACACGGCUCAUUCAGUUUUGCAAUUCCAUGAAAAAGGGGUCCCUCUAUAUUCUGGGCCAUGUCAUUGUAACCGACGAUUUCAACUCUGGCGUACACGAAGCCCGAUUGCAGCAGCAGGCUUGGACUCGAUAUAUUUCGGAAUUUUCGAGAAUCAAGGCCUUUGUGCAGCUUACCAUGUCCCCGUCAAUUACCUGGGGCGUGCGCAACUUGAUUCUCUCGGCUGGGCUUGGUGGCAUGCGUCCAAACAUUGCAGUUUUGGGAUUCUAUAACAUGGAUGACCUGCGAAAAUCCAACCCUACAGUGCCUAUUCCCGAUAUCCCUGCGUCCCCGGCUGACAAGAUGAGCCGCCGGCCCAAAUCGCAAGGCAAGACGGCCAAGCGCCGGCGUGGAGACACAUCUGCCCGUCUGCUCGAGGGUGUACUUCCCACUGACGUUAUCCGAACCGAAGGAAUGAUGUCUCCCACCGACUACAUGAUCAUGUUGGAGGAUCUCGCCUUGAAGUACAGACUCAACGUUGCCAUAGCUCAUGGCUUCGACGCGUUGGAAACUCCUCGCCACGAUGGAUCCAACGCCAAAAAGUACAUUGAUUUGUGGCCCAUUCAAAUGUCUGCGGAGAUAUCUUCAGAUGGCAAAAAUGUACUGACAACAAAUUUUGACACCUAUACCCUCAUCUUGCAGCUGGGACACAUUUUGCGAAGCGUGCAAACUUGGCGAAGAGUAUUUGCUCUUCGCGUCGUGGUAUUUGUCGAGUAUGAGCAUGAAGUGGACGAAGAGAGCGCAAGGGUCAAGGCACUCUUGGAGAAGCUGCGAAUUGAUGCCCAGGUCCUCGUCUUCUAUUUGGCGUCUGGCCAUCUCAAUACAUAUGAACUCAUUAUUAACGGCACUACCAACGACAUUGACACUGAAAUCAUUGUGGAAGAAACUCUCAAAGAUGAGGAAUGGUGGGAAGACUUGCAGGCGCUCCGCAGACAGACCGAGGAGCUCUCCUCUAGCCAGGAGCUCUCUCAGCUGGCGCAGAUUCUAGACUCGACUGCUGGGCGACCCGGUGCCUACAAUCCUCAUGACGAUGUUGGAAAUGCACGUCGCCAGAGCAUGGCGGAAGUGUCAGAGAUGCCCAAGCGGCCAGACAUUGCCACACUUGCCAAGCUCGGAGUUAGUAUGGGCAUUCACACUACCCACAUCAACGACGAGGUCCUCCAAGAAGAGUCGGAGUCGGACACUGAGUUUUACACCGACGCGGAAGAUUCUAUUGACGAUGAGGAAUAUGGAGAGGAUGCCGGGGACCCAUUUCUGCAACCAAGAAUGGAAGAAAGAGACCCGGCACAGCAGCCGUUGCUCUCGUCCAAGCCAGGCAAUUCCCCUCCGGCAGAACAAUCGCCUACAAAGGCUGGGCGCGGGCGCAGGUCCAGGACCAUUGAGACAGGCACGCAGGUUCCAUCCUAUGGCACAAUGAACACGUCUCAGACGCUGGCAGACAAGCCAGAAUCGCCCGUCACAUUGCGAGUGCCCGAACUUUCCGAAGUCGGUGCCAGCCCGCCAGAGGUAGACACGAGUAGUAGAAUCGACUCUUUUCCUGUACUGGACCCCCUUCGAGUUCCCGACUUCGCGUCUGCUGGUUCUCGGCGAUCGCGGUCCAUGAGUCCCUCGAGAGGCGCACGACGAGAUGGGAUUAUGGCACCGGCACGACCCAACUUUUCGCGACAGUCAUCUGCCGCUCGGUUCUCUAGUAGACCAGUGCCCGAGACCAAAAUUGUCGCUGAAGGAGAAGGCUCCAAAAUUAGCUUUGCGGCAGUGGCAUCAAAUCCACCAACACCGCGAGCCGAGCGGCCGGCAUUCUCGAGACACUCCUCGCUUGGCAAGUUUUCAAGCCGGCCAUUGCCCGACACUAAAGUAAGCGGCGAAGAAGGCGCAAGAACUAUAUCUUUUGCAGACCGGCCUGUGUCGCAGCCUCCAUCCCAACCGCACUCAGGCUCCCAUUCACGGCAUCACUCCAGGCACGGCUCACAGUACUCAGUACAUGGUCAGGAUCCGAUAUCACUGGUCAUUCCGGAGCAUGUUGAAACAUAUCGUGCACCCGAAUCCAAAGACGGCACCGAAGCAGACACAGGGUCGGCUUUUUCGGGGCGAGGUGUAGCCAUUUCAUUCAACGACUUGCCCAGCCGCGCGCAGCACUUGAUUCUCAACGAACUCAUGCGCCAACACUCCAAGGACACAGGCGUCUUGAUGACGACGUUGCCGAUACCGUCCGAAGGAACCAGCCUUGAUGAAGUGUCCACGAUUCAGUACCUUUCUGACGUUGAACUUCUUUGUAAUAAUCUGCCGCCUACAUUGAUGGUUCUCAGCAACAACAUGACUGUCACAGUCAGUCUCUAG